UCCUCCCGUGCUCAUUGACUAAUGAAACUCGUCUCGAACACGCACAUAAAGAACGAGACGAUAAAAGAAAAAAAGAAAACAGAUCGUAAAAAAACAGCUGAUUGUCAAAAAAUAAUCGAGACAAAUAGAUUGUUGAAUGUAAUACACGUGUAUAUUAGAAAGAAUAAAAAAAAGUAAAUCAAUAUGAAGAAUUUUUUAUAUUUUAGAUCAAUCGAUGAUGUGCGACAAUCUUUCAUUGUAUAAAACAUAUAUUCCAUCAUCAACUUCACUUCCAUUAGUACAAUCGACAACAAUCACUCCGCAAUUUUAUCCUAUGAAUAAUAAUAAUGAUGAUGAUGAAGAUGAAUAUAGAUCAAAUACAAGUAUUAAACGUAAACUUUCAGAUUAUGAAGAUAAUAAUUCAUCGCUAACAACUCUUGAACCUUCAUAUGAUUGUAAUAAUAGUGAUGAAUAUGAUGAUGACGAUGAUGAUGA